AUGCAUCCUCCUGUUCUUCCAUUACAAGUUCAUUUGCCUAAUGAACAAACUGUGCAUCUACAUCCUCAUGAAAGGCUACAUGCUGUUGUUGCUAAUUCUAAACGUUCUCGAACUCAAUUGACUGAAUUCUUUGCAGUCAAUGCAGCUACUGAAGGUGGGACAGGCCACUUGUAUGGUGAAUUUUGUGAACAUUACGGAUGGGACGCAGGUGCUAAGCAAUGGAAAGAAAGGGUGCUAAAUCUAUUUUCUGUUGGGCGUCUUGCAUUUGUGUAUCCUGCAGAAGGGGAACGUUUUUUCCUACGGUUGCUAUUACUAAAUGUCAGAAGUCCAACUUCAUUUGAGGGGUUUCGAACUGUGAAUGGCCAUGUAUACCCAACAUUCCAUGAUGCGGCAUUGAAGUUAGGAUUAAUAGAAAAUGAUGAUAUUGCAAACUUAAUAUUGUGUGAAGCGUCAGAGGUCCAAAUGCCUGAUGCCUUACGUCGUUUGUUUGCAACGGUACUUAUUUUCUGUCAAACAGCUGAUCCGCCUGCAUUAUGGAUGAAAUUUUACCCAUUUCUGUCUGAAGAUUUCAGUUUCAAAUAUGCUGACAAUGUUUCUAAAAUUCAACAGUUAACAGUUCGUUCUGUUGAGGGAUACCUUGAAGCCAUGGGGAAAUCACUGUCGGCAUUUGGGUUGGACCAUUUAAUCGCUCAUGUUGACAUUGAGAUCAGAAGAACAAAGGAUAUUGUGGAUGCUCUUGAUGCCCCUAUUCCCCCAGAAAGCCUUACAUGCCGUUCUAGAUUAAACCAUGAACAAAAUGCUGCCUUCUCAUGUAUCAUGCAGUAUGUAAUGGAAGGGAAGCCAGGUGCUUUUUUUAUAGAUGGUCCGGGAGGAACUGGGAAAACAUUUUUAUACAAUGCAUUGUAUGCAGAGGUUCGACUCAUGAACAAGAUUGUGUUGCCUACAACAACAUCGGGUAUUGCUGCAUCAAAUAUACCUUCAGGACGUACAGCUCAUUCAAGGUUUAAAAUCCCACUUGAUAGUGAUGCUUCGUUGGCUUGCGCUGUUCCUAAACAGGGAAGUUUAGCAGCAUUACUUAGGGAAACGUCAUUGAUAAUAUGGGAUGAGGCUUCGAUGGCCAAGAAACAUAAUAUUGAAUCCUUGGAUUUACUCUUGCAGGAUGUGUGUGAUAAUAAAAUCAUGUUUGGAGGGAAAAUUAUUGUGUUUGGAGGUGAUUUUAGGCAGGUUUUGCCUGUAGUUCCACAUAGAUCAAUGAAAGAAGCUGUGGAAACCAGUAUUGUCACUUCAUACUUAUGGCCUAGAUUCGUAAAGUUUAGGUUGAUAGAAAAUAUUAGAGCUCGGGAGGAUUUACCAUACUCUGAAUUCUUGCUUGCCUUAGGUAAUGGUGAGCUGCAAAAAUCAGAAAUAGCUUAUGUCCAGUUGCCAGACCAAGUUGCCCAAUUUUGUGAAACUGAAAAUAAUUUGGUUUCUGAUCUGAUACAAGCAACGUUUCCUGAAAUGGUGCACGAUAAUCUGUGUGCUGACAGUUUUAUUAAUCGAGCAAUCUUGACACCGUUAAAUGAUGAUGUGGAUUUGAUUAAUACGUUCAUGAUAGAAAGAUUUAAGGUCAGAGCUGUCACAUACAAGAGCUUUGAUAUUAUGCUGAAUGAUUCGUGUAAUAUAUAUCCUACAGAGUUCAUGAAUAACUUGUGCCCAGGAGGAAUGAUCCCUCAUGAGCUUGUGCUGAAGGAAUACUGUCCAGUUAUCCUUCUAAGGAAUCUUCUGCCUUCAUCUGGUUUAUGCAAUGGUACUCGUCUUACUUGUAAACGAUUUUUCCCAAAUGUUAUCCAAUGUGUCAUUGCUACAGGACAAUACAAAGGCAAUCAUGUUUUCAUCCACAGGAUCAAUUUAAGACCAUCUGGUUCUAUGAAUUAUCCUUUUCAGUUUGAGAGGAAACAAUUCCCCAUCAAGUUAAGUUUUGCAAUGACAAUAAACAAAUCUCUGGGUCAGACUCUUAAUCAGGUGUCUAUACAUCUUCCAUGCCCAUGUUUUUCUCAUGGUCAGCUGUAUGUUGCUUUGUCAAGGGCUAAAAAAGCAACAGAUGUUGCUGUCUUUUACGCUAAGCCUCUGGAACAACACCCACUCAACACUGUGAAGAAUGUCGUUGCUUUUGAAGUGUUGAGAUUGGCUGGAAUAGUGCAUGAUAGCACAGAAGAAGAGACAUAA